AUCAAAUCAUCCUGGUCUCCCGCCUUGCCUUAGACCCCGCUGGUUUGUGAUCGUCAUGACAGCCUUUCGCUAUUGGGUGCCACACAUCGGACGCGCCACAGAAUCCAGUAUGAUAUCAUGGGCUGUGAGAGGGGGGCCUGUUGCUUUCCGUUGUGAGCGCUUGCACACACCUGCAAUCUCUUCCUCGAUUAAAUCCGGACUUGAGACUGAUUUCAUGACUUUUACAACGUGAGGAUCCUACAUCCAUAGCACAAAAAGGUCGACGAGACGAACCACAACCCAGUAACCGGCCUACUGCCAUGCAAGAGUCGCGACCACCCGCAAAGUUACAAAAACGUAAGAGUCGCGAACGACAAGAGUUCGAGCGCACAGGACUUGAACGCACGCAGAUGUCAGGUGGCCUCGGCAAUCAUUCAGCAGUCACAUCGCAGCCAGGCCCAUCCGACACCAUGACUGGCGCCGAGAAGGAGAAGAAGUCAAGAUGGAGGCUGUCAGGCUUUGGACACAAGAAGGACAAGGACGAACUCCAAGAGAGGAAUGAGAUCCGCAAAGAGUCUUCAGCCAACACUUUUGACUCGGCGUAUGCAAGCAGCGAGCCCAGCAGCAGCGCGAACCCCAGCUUCACAAGCAGACCGGUCUCUGGAGAACAGUAUGCGCAUCCACCAGUACCGCCCCAAAGCUACCAACAGCCACAAGGACAGAACAACUACCAACAACAGCAAAAUCAAAACUAUCACCAAGGUCCAUCGACCGAGGUGACUCCCCCUACACCACCAGCGGACCCGAGCCGAGCACCGCUCACGCAGACGGCACACGAAUACUACCCCCCACCUCCUCGAUCGCCUGCACGGACUCCUGUAAACGCUCAGCAGGCUGGCUUUGCACCACCUCAGCAACCCCAACAAUACGCGAGGAGCACUGAGAAUGUCGAGAAAGAGACGCAUACGGACAACAGAACGGGGAACAUCGUCACAACAACCACAACAACGACGACCACCACUACAACAAUAACCGGACCAGGGGGAAGUACAACGACAGAGCAGCCUACUGGGAGCAAUCUCACACCCAGCGUGACCAGUAUGUCGGGACCCAGUCCGCCAACUCCCGAGUCUGUGUCGCCCGUUGUCCAAGCACCAGUCCCUCAACACGUUGAGCCUCUCCCAACUCAACCGUCAGUAAAUGCUCCCAUCAAUCCCUCGCCACCGAUACCUAAUAAGAGCAAUAUCCGACACAGAGUUGAGCUGUCUUCUGUUUCUCCUGCCAUCGAGCGCCAGAAUCCCAUGAACAGACAGACAACGAAUGAGCCCGUCAGUCCUAUCACGCCUGCAAGCCCAGGACGCGCAAACUUCUCCUACCCUUCGCGAGCGCCGCCCCCUGGUGUCCCGCGACAGGUACCGGCAGGACAGUACGACGAGAAUGCGCACGAGGAGGGCGGUCGACCUGUGCCGUAUCGAAUGGGACACGAACAAUCCGGGGAGCGUACCGCACAGAAACAGUCGACCAUGGCAAAUCUCCGAGCCGCGGCGGCCGGUAUUCACGGCGCCUCAGAAGCACUCCGCGGCACCUUCAACGACACGAUCGACCGCCGCUACCACGCGCCUGAGAACCCCGUGCACGCAAAGAACCAGGCUGCGAUCGCUGCCGGCCGACAGGAAAUCGAGUCACAACAGUUUGCGCAGCACGAACACCGACCGAAACCACCUGCGGCCGAUGCACCUCCUGUGCCUCCGAUCAAGACCGCGUAUGGAGGGCCGCCAGUGUCAGGGAGUCAGAUCGAGAGUGGGAGUCGUGGUGCGAAGCUGAGCAGUUUCCUGAAGAGGAAGAUGGAUUUGGAUGGUGCAGAGGCGGCGAGCAGGCAGUCCGGUGACAACGUUCAUUAGCACAUCUUCACGCAUAGCAUUGAACGGUUGCAUAGUACAGAAUUCUAAAGUGUAUACAACCGAAUAGUAGUGCCGUGAUCGACAUCUCAA